AUGACGGGUGCUAGCACAACGUCCAACUCCUUUUUGCGAAUUCGUUCGAUCCUUCUCGUCUCUGCGUCCAUCGCUUCCUUCCUUCUAUUCCCCCCAACCUUCGGUGUCCCUUGCAGCACUUCCGUCUACUUUUCCAGGAUAUCGAUUCCGUCUGUUCCUGAGUCAUAUGGCACGGUUUCCCCUCCAGAAUGCAUCGGCUACGGAACCCUUGGGUUUUACUGGACAUUUAGGGCGGCAACAACUGAAUCCUGUGCAUCCUUCUAUGAUGCUCAAACUAUGCUAACCUCCGAUUCUGGCCCUGUCUACUCCAUGCUGACAGUUAUCAGCGCAGCCAUAAUCCACGCAGUCGCCUUCCUCCUCACCUUGAGCGCCAUCGGCGCAUUCUAUAUCCUUCGCCUCGACGAAUCCGACCGUAUUAGCAAGAAGCUUAUAUCAUUUGUAGGAUUCACGGCUUUCAUCACGAUGGUUGCCUGUGCUGUCGAUCUCGCCGUUUUUAUUCAUGGGCAAGAAUGUUUGGGGGGCACGCCUUUCGUAUUGCGAGGAGGCAGUGCGAAUUGGUUGACGCUGUCCGCUGGCUUAAUCAUGGUCCUUGGGGUUCUGCUUGCCAUCCGGGCACAUAGGAGGUCAAGUUGGACGAUGAUGGAGGAUCCAAAGAUGCCUCACCACUGUGUUAACAACUCACGACAGACAUCAGACGAGGAGAAGGCGUAUCCGGAAGUACUGCAAGAUAUUUCGACACCCAGCGGCAUGGCCGAUCAAGAUGACGGCAGUGAUUUCGAGCUGCAGUCAAACCAGUCAGCGAGGCGAUCAUCAACACCAUCUCUUCCUCUCACCCCGCAAAGCCGUGGACCGAGUCACUUUGCUCCUUCGAACUACGAGACCGCGGCAUCAUCAAGCCGGGAUUCUAUGAUAUCCGUCGAUAGGGACAGCAUUCUUGCUCCCAGCGUACCCAUGAGGGCGAGAAUCUCGACGCCAUCGUUUUUGGGGCAUUACUCCCGACGGGCGGGAUCACCGAAGGUCCCUACGGUAUCAACAGAAGUAUCGAGGGUGUCCCGACAGAAGUCUUUUAACGAUGCUCCAUCAAGCUAA